GAGUAAUGAGAGAAACGUCACCGCCGUCGCGAGAGAGAGCUCUCAAAUCAAAACACUUUUGCCGCUCGAUUCGUCAGACGAAAAGUUCGUUAAAAUUUCUUUCGAAUAAACUUUGCUUAUUUAAAUAGUGCACUUAUUUCAAUAGUUAGUCGAAUAUCUCUGAAUUGUGCGUUGUGAACAAGUGAUUUUGAUCGAAAUGGCCACCUCCACUCAGAAUGCCAUCACACUGAAGGGAUCGGCCGCCAUCAUUUCGGAAUAUCUCAACUACGGCAUCAACUCGAUCCUGUUCCAGCGUGGGAUCUACCCCCCCGAACAGUUCACCAGCGUCCAGCAGUACGGCCUCACGAUUCUGAUGUCCAAGGACGAGAAGAUCAUCGCGUUCCUGCGGAACGUGCUCACCCAGGUGCAGCACUGGCUCGCCCAGAACCAGGUGGACAAAAUCUCUAUGAUCAUCACGAACGUGCACACCAAGGAGGUGCUCGAGUGCUGGGACUUUAAGGUCCAGAACGAACUGGGCGACUCGGCCACGAAGCUGGACCCGAACAACCCGCCGACCUCGUCGAAGGAGCUGAAAAAGAUUCAGGCGGAGAUCCGCGACGUGAUGCGGCAGAUUGCGGCCACCAUCAGCUACCUGCCGCUGAUCGAGUCGAUUUGUACGUUCGAUUUGUUAAUACAUACGCUGAAGGACUCGGAAGUGCCCGAGCUGUGGUCGCCGACGGCGGAUGCGAAAAUUGAGAACGCCCAGACGGUGCAGCUCAAGUCGUUCUCGACCGGGCUGCACAAGAUGAACACGAUCGUCAACUACAAGAUGACCGAUUGAAGGCGGGGGAGGCAGUAUUAGAAGAGCUUUUGGAUGGGGUUGGGCGGAUGAAUGUGACCUUAUUGUUUGUGAGAUUUUUUAAAUAGACAUUUUUGAUUAAAUAA